AUGAUAUUAUCAAUAGAUCCCAAGGAGCUUUUGUCGCAGAAGAUUUGCCCCGCGAGCUGCCUCUUUAAGAUUGACCUCUGUAAAGCUUAUGACAUGAUGGACUGGGAUUUCAUCAAAGACAUGAUGAUUGCUCUCAACUUUCCAGAAAAGUUUGUCAAAAUCGUCUACACUUGCAUCUCCACAGCCCAGUUUACAAUAAUGCUGAAUGGCCAACCUCUAGAGCUCUUCAGGUCGAUAAGAGGUAUACGACAAGGUGACCUGAUGUUCCCCCUCCUAUUUGUUAUUGGAAUGGAAUACCUAUCUAGAAUCCUAAAAGCCUCCUGCAGAUCAAGCAGGUUCAGUUUUCACCCCAGAUGCAAGAAAUUGGGCCUCACCCCCCUCAUCUUCACAGAUGAUCUUAUGUUGAUGAGUAAAGGAGAUUCUAACUCAAUCUAG